AUGAAACGCGUCGUCGCUCGACUAGUUCCAAAAGAGCUUAAUUUUGUUCAAAAAGCGCAGCGAAAGCAUGUCGCUGAAGACAUGGUUUCCCGAGCUUCUACGGAUCCGACCUUUAUGAAACGUAUAAUAACUGGCGACGAGACAUGGGUUUAUGAGUACGACAUGCAAACAAGCCAACAGUCUUCAGAAUGGCGUCUCGAAAACGAGCCGAAACCAAAAAAACCGCGGCAAAGUCGCUCCAAAAUCAAGGUGAUGCUGACAGUUUUUUUUGACUACCGUGGUGUGGUUCACUCCGAAUUCCUUCCAGAGGGAGAAACAGUGAAUAAAGAAUAUUAUUUAGGCGUCAUGAAGCGUUUGCGUGAGAGUAUCCGCCGAAAACGUCCAGAUUUGUGGCAACACAACUCAUGGAUGCUGCACCAUGAUAAUGCAACAUCACACACAGCCAUUAUAGUGAAAGAGUUUUUAGCGAAAAAUUCAACAAAAGUUCUCGACCAAGCACCGUAUUCACCUGAUAUGGCUCCGUCUGGCUUUUUUUUAUUUCCCAAGUUAAAAUUACCACUUCGAGGAAAACGUUUUGAGUCGAUAGAAGCCAUAAAAGAAAAUUCGCUGAAUGAGCUAAAGGCCAUACCGCAAAUAGCCUAUGAAAAAUGUAUGGAAGAAUGGGUGAAGCGGUGGAGAUGUUGUAUUGCAAGCGAUGGGGCCUACUUUGAAGGCGAUAAAAUAAAUUUAGAUGAAUUAUGUGUAUUUUUUGUUUUAUUGACAAAUUCCCGAUACUUAGUACACAGAAUGUAUAUGGGGAAAAUUUGA